AUGAAGUUCUUUGCUCUGUGUGCCUUCCUCCUCAUUGCCCUGGCUACUGUCCAGGCAACUCCCGGUGAUCUUGGCCAUGCUCCUGUAGGACACGGACCUGUGGGACACGCUGGACCUGUAGGACACCGUGGACCUGUUGGACACGCUGGACCUGUUGGACACGGUGGACCUGUAGGACAUGGUCCAGUUGUAGGACAUGGUCCAGUUGUAGGACAUGGUCCAGUUGUAGGACAUGGUGUUCAUGGUCAUUCUGGCUAAAAACUUAUCUGAAUCCUUCAAGGAGCUCAAUGCAGACCUUGAUGGAAAGAAACGAAGUGUUUGUUCAACACCUUCAGUGCAGCAUAUCCUAAUAAA